GAGCGACCUCACCGAUCAUGAACCCUGAAUACGACUACCUGUUCAAACUUCUUCUGAUUGGUGACUCUGGAGUUGGAAAGUCAUGUCUGCUGCUACGCUUCUCGGAUGACACGUACACUGAGAGCUACAUCUCCACCAUCGGAGUCGACUUCAAGAUCAGAACCAUCGACAUGGACGGGAAGACGGUGAAGCUACAAAUCUGGGACACAGCCGGUCAGGAGCGGUUUCGAACCAUCACCUCCAGCUACUACAGAGGCGCUCACGGCAUCAUCAUCGUCUAUGACGUCACUGAGCAGGAGUCCUUUAACAACGUCAGGCAGUGGUUGGACGAGAUCGAUCGCUACGCCUGUGAAAACGUCUCCAGGCUGCUGGUGGGAAACAAGUCGGACCUCGUUAGCAAGAAAGUGGUGGACGCUGCCACUGGUCAGGAUCUGGCCACGUCCCUGAAGAUCCGCUUCCUGGAGACGAGCGCUAAGAGCUCGGACAACGUGGAGAAGUCCUUCCUCACCAUGGCCUCGGAGAUCCACCAGCGCCUGGCCAGUGAGGGAGCCGGUCUGCAGGGCCAGUCCACACAGGCCAAGGCCCAGGGCACCAAGAUCAGCAGCGCCCCCGUGUGGCUGGGGGGGGACAAACAGACGCAGGAGGCCGCUAACUGCUGCUGA